AUGGGAGCAAUGGCAGCUGAACCUGAUCUAGAGUCUGAUAGCAAGGCUGAUAGCAAGGCUGAUAUCAAGGCUGGGGCGACAAUCGAGGCCGAGACGGCCACCCUUGCGACGGGGUCAAGCCUAACUCUUUCUGAGCAAAUGCAACCGGCGGAGACCGACGGUCGGUUCGCCAAUGUAAAGGCGAAGCCGGUGGCUGAUUAUCCGGCCGGAUAUCCACAGCUUGCUUCCUUCAUCGAUUGUGAUUCAAAUUUUCGAGUGUAUCGCCGCUUCGGCCAGCUUCGGAAUCGGGUGUUACUACAUCGGCAGCAUGAACUGACACAACUGGAGAAGGAGCUCGACGACCUUGACGAGCGGGAUAGCACCUCGAACAGGGUCGAGCUCAGUUUUCGGCUAGCUUCAAUAAGCUAUGACGAGGCCCAGAGCGAUUCUCCACGCAAGGAACUUAUCGAAAGAAUCGAUGCAAAGCUGGAACACUACGAUGCUCUAUUGACCCGAGAGCGCGAUUCUCUCGCCAUGGAUAAGCCUACCAAGAGGAAUCUUCAGUCGCUCAUAAAUUUUGUCUGGAACACCAAAAUGCUCGCUGAAGAAGAGAUUGAUUACCUCAAUCGUGAGGACGAUUUCGUCAUUCUUGCCAAAGACCAAGACUCCCCUUUCCAUGUCUCCCUCGAAACCCUUCUAGCAAAGAAACCACUAUCGUGGCUUCAGCCCAUGUUCGUAUCCAAAACCCAAGCAGAAAAGGCUAAAGGCUCCGAAGAAGUACCAAUCAUCUUAUUCUCCAAAACCCGGGUCAACGCCUUGAUUCGCGUCAUUGUGACUCUCGUCACAGUCGCGCUACUCAUGAUACCCGUCUGUCUUCUUUUCAGCUUGGGCCUCAGCGACAAAAUCAAAGUCGUCUUCGUCCUCCUCUUCGUUAUCGUAUUCCCCAUCGCCAUUUCGAUAUUCGCGCAACCAAAAAGCCACGAACUAUUUGCCGCUACCGCUGCGUAA